GCCUGCAUAUACAUUCGUCGAAGGAAGGGUGUGUUUCUGAAGCCCUUGAACGUCUUGGAAGCCCAAGAGAAAACCAUGGAAGCUCAGAAGAAGCUGGUGAUGGGUCUCUUUCUGUUCGUAGUGUUCGUAUCUGAGUCUGGUGUAAGAGCUUGGACUGGUGAAAUCCAUGGAAGAGUUGUCUGUGAUGUCUGUGGUGAUUCUUCCAUUGGACCUGAGGACCAUGUUCUUGAAGGUGCUGAGGUAGCUGUUCUUUGCAUUACAAAAUCAGGGGAAGUCUUAAAUUAUCAGGCAUUCACCAAUGCCAAGGGGGUAUAUACAGUGGCGGAGACAAUGCCGGAGAGUGACCGCUGGGAUGCUUGCCUCGCACGGCCUAUCAGCAGUUUCCAUGAACACUGUACCCAUCUUGGCGAUGGCAGCUCAGGAAUCAAGUUCAAUUAUAAUAAUCCAUCAGGUUAUUCUCACACUGUCAAAACCUUCAUCUACAGACCUGCCAGUAUGCCAACCUACUGUAUUUAAAAUAUCUAGGCCUGGUGUAUAUUUUUAGUUGAAGUUGGUACUUACUUGAAGCGAGAAGAAAAGUAAGCAACAAAUGGUGCAUAUUGAUCAUGAAUAUGUGCUUAUGUAAUGGACAUCUAAUAUACUUGCUUGCACCUUGUCGCA